AAGAUGGACGACUACCGUUUCCGCGCGCAACAGUCGCCGCGAACCGAGGCGCCGAUGAAUUCGCUUGUCUCACCCCCGAGGAAUGGCAAUCGAAUGCCUCAGCCAGGGUCCCACGACCCUCGAACCACUCUGCCUCGCCGAUUCACCACGGAUUCGGGGCGUGUACCAACAUUGUCGACUAUAACCACACAGCGUCCGCCUGAGCCGCAAGAAUAUCCCACUGCGGUGAGUCUUUUUGUCCUCCAGCAGCUGGAGAAGAAGAAGAUUGAAUAUGAGAAGCUUCGAGAGCAGAAGCGGCGUUUCGAGGCUGAGAUGCAAAGUCAUGAGUACGAAUUGGCCCAGAUGCAGGAGGACUUGGGCCGGGGAAAUGGAAACGGAAAUGGCCUGGGCUUGACUGGACAUCAAUCUGAGCCGACUACGCCGCCCGAAUACCGCGAGACGUCUUCGGGGUUCCCAACCAUGUUCUCGCGUCCCAACCGAUAUUCGACGUCAAGCUUGGUGUCUCCGCCCGGAUUGUUCAACCGGCCGACCAGAUCUGGGUCUCAACUUGCGUCCCCUCAGUCGGGCAUCUUGCCAUCGCGCUUUGCGUAUGACGAGCACCUGCCCUCACGUUCAGUACCUGGAUCUCGAAGAAAUAGUGAUGAGGACGAAAAGGAAGAGGCCCUUCGUCAGGAUCCUACCAGUCACCGAUCAACCAACGCG